GUGCGGUGCAGCCAUCCCGACACAUCCUGCAUUUUAAUGUGGCUCACCACCACCAAAGUCAACCAACAUUGCAACAGAGUUGAAUGUCAAUUCUUGCCCAAGCAUCGCAAUAUCCAGCAGCAUAACAUAUAAUAAAUGUCGACGGCCCCAUAUCCCGAGGCCAAUCGAGUGUGCGACUUCUGGUUCAACCGACCUCCAAUCGAGUGGAUCAUUGCACCAGAUGGCCUCGAUGCUCAAAUGAAGUCCGAGUUCGGCGAUCUUGUCAAACAAGCCCGCUGCGGUGAGCUGGACGAUUGGACCUCCCAUCCCGAGUCCAGCGUUGCCCUCGUCGCGAUACUUGACCAAUUCUCCCGCAACCUCUUUCGUGGAACGCCAGAAGCAUUUAGCGCUGAUGUGAAGGCCCGCGAGGUUGCCGCAAAAGCAAUUGCUCAAGACUUCGAUAAACAAGUCUCCGUCACAAAGGCAUCGGCAUUCUAUAUGCCCCUCAUGCAAGACGAGAACUUGAUCUCAUUGAUCGCGGCACGUUGUCUGUUCGAAGCAUUGAAAGCAAGAUGCACCAACGAAGAAGAACAUGAAUGGGUGGACGGGGCAAUCGAAGCUUGUCCGAGACACAUAGUACAGCUGGAGAGAUUUGGAAGAUAUCCGUCCAGAAACACCAUUCUGGGCAGAAAGACCACCAAGGAGGAGGAGGAAUUUUUGAGGAACCGCAAAUUUUAGAUCGCUUACUGCUCAUAUAUCGUCCAGAUCUCCAGGAGGUUCUGAAUUCUUGCAUACGUGUGGCGUCUACAUGCGGACCAGUAACUUCGUUACAUCAACCACGAAGCAACACUGUCGCCUUAUGCUGCCGCAACGAUCUAGACUCUUGACCUGUAUUAGUUGAGGUGAU